AUGACGCGGGACGCCUACUUGAAAAGGUCCCUCGGGACCCUAUCGAAGAAGAUCAAGGAGUCGCGCGUUCUUCUCGUGGGCGCUGGUGGUAUCGGCUGCGAGCUCCUCAAGAACCUCCUCCUGACCGGCUUCGGUGAGAUCCAUGUAAUCGAUCUGGAUACGAUCGAUCUGAGCAAUCUGAACCGGCAGUUCCUUUUCCGCUACGAACAUAUCAAGAAGCCCAAGGCUUUGGUAGCCAAAGAGGUCGCGCAUAAGUUCCAACCUAACGCCAAGAUUGAGGCCUAUCAUGCGAAUAUCAAGGAUAGCCAAUUCAAUGUCGACUGGUUCACGACGUUUAACAUUGUCUUCAACGCCUUGGAUAAUCUCGAUGCCCGGCGACACGUGAACAGGAUGUGCCUGGCGGCCAAUAUGCCCUUGAUUGAGAGUGGGACUACAGGAUUCAACGGACAAGUUCAGGUCAUCAAGAAAGGUCAAACUGAGUGCUACGACUGUAAUUCGAAGGAAGUGCCCAAAAGCUUUCCAGUCUGCACGAUACGCAGCACGCCUAGCCAGCCUAUUCACUGCAUCGUAUGGGCAAAGAGCUAUCUUCUCCCAGAACUUUUCGGCGAGAGCGAGGACGAUGCAGAGUUCGACCAUUCCGAAGACUCUGAUAAUGCCCAAGAAAUCGAAAAUCUUCGUCGCGAAGCCCGGGCUCUUAAGGAGAUUCGCAGUGCUAUGGGCUCGGAUGAAUUUGCGCAGAAAGUGUUUAACAAGGUCUUUAAAGAGGAUAUCGAGAGGUUACGGGGUAUGGAAGACAUGUGGAAGACGCGCAAGGCUCCGGAACCCCUCGAUUUCGAUACACUACAGCAGCAGGCUUCCUCAAUAGAGACGACCAUCUCCUCCAACGACCAAAAGGUCUGGACGUUAUCAGAGGACUUCGCAGUCUUCAAGGACAGCCUGGAUCGCUUAAGCAAGCGACUACGGACUCUACAGGAGACUACAAAGGAUAGCAUUCGCCCUAUCAUCACCUUCGACAAGGAUGACGUGGAUACACUCGAUUUCGUCGCCGCAAGCGCAAACCUGCGGUCUGCUAUCUUCGGUAUCGAGGCAAAGUCAAAAUUCGAUAUCAAGCAGAUGGCCGGAAACAUCAUUCCAGCUAUUGCAACUACGAAUGCUAUGACGGCGGGUCUAUGUGUGUUACAAGCGUUCAAGGUCCUGAGAGAUGAUUACGAACAUGCCAAGAUGGUCUUCUUGGAACGCUCCGGUGCUCGUGCCAUCAAUUCAGAUAGUCUGAAACCGCCGAAUCCUAACUGCCCUGUUUGCUCCGUCGCACAAGGUCGGGUGUUCUAUGACCCUGAGAAGGCCACAUUGAAAGACUUAGUCGAAGGGAUUCUCCGUUCGAAUCUUGGCUACGGCGAAGAGUUCUCUGUUACCACUGAUCUUGGUACCAUAUUCGACCCUGACCUAGAAGACAAUCUUCCAAAGAAACUGUCUGAGCUAGGGGUUAAAAAUGAGAGCUUCAUCACUGUCGUAGACGAAGAGGAUGAUGAGCCACGAGUCAAUUUGGAGCUGGUAUUAUCGGUGAAGUCUGAAUCUGCCCAAGAAGGGAAGCCAGUCUCUCUCGAAAAGGCGAUCGAGAUUCCCCGGAAGCCUAAAGCACCUGCUCCGGAACCUCCAAAGGAUGAACAUGUCAAUGGCGUCUCUGGCCCCGACACGAACGGUAUUGCCGGAAAGCGGAAACGCGAUGCUGAAGAGGCAGAAAUCACUAAUGGCCAGGAAAGAGCCAAGCGGUUCCACGGGAAUGCCGUCGAUGGAGACGGUGACAAUCCUAUCGUGCUGGACGAAGCAGAUAGUGGUGCUAUUUUGAUCGACGACGAUUGA